GUCACGAGUUCUCCCAAACAAACAUGGCCGAAGCGGGAGGUCCGUCAGCCGGCGACGACGAAACAUGCCUCGAAGAGGCUCUCGAUGUGGCCCUCGAGAGCUCGGUCGACGCCAUCGAGACGACGCUUCAGCUUCGCGAGCACCUCAACGAACUCCUCGAGGCCGGGCUCAUCGAACUCGCGAGGGCGCGCUUCGCGAUGGGCAACCGCGGCGCCGUCUCCGCACUCCAGCUGCACUUGGGGGACAUGAAAGCUAGCCGCACCGUCCUCAGCCAAGUAGACGAGCGCGAUCGUCAGCCGUACUUCAAAUUGCUCGUAAGCGCGGACGACGAAGCAGCACCCGCGAACGACAAAACCGACACGGCUCGCCGGAGGCAUGGUGGUGACGGCGACGAUCAAGCCUUUCUCGACGAAGUUUCCGAUAAAGGUUCAGACGAAGAGGAGUCUACCGCGACGGCUGCUGGUCCGUCGCCGAGCGGAGACCCGCUGAAGUGGUUCGGCGUCCUGGUGCCGGCGUCGCUGCGUCGUUCGCAAAAGUGCUUCGCCCAGGCGCUUGAAGUGCUCACCGACGUGGCCAACGAACAGGUCAAACUGAGCUCGGCCCUCGACCGAUACGAGAAACUGCGCGCUUCGGGUACUCGACCCUAAGCCGUGAACCACGUCAACCGUCUAUGCUGCUGGAAGGCGUACACAGAUUUAAUGCCGACAGUCGUGAACGCAUCUAGCUCGAAGAGCUCCAAGCAAAGCUGCCACUGCCAAGGCACUCGUUUCGGUGUGGUGCAGUAAUGUGUACAGGAAGCUUGGCACGUCGGGAGACACGCCGGUCGUGCCACCGCUGCCAAUGCGUACACAGAGAAUAAAAUCCAGUUCGUUUGUUGCA